AUGAAUAAAGCAUUUCAAAGCUGUCAAGAAUCUCCUAGGCUAGCCUCCUGGGUUGAGAACUCCAUCUCUGACUUCUGCAGUUGCCAAGCUGAGACGCCCCACUCCCAGAUUGACCAGAGAACAAAUCACUGCGAAUUUCAAACAUGGCUGCCAUCAAUUGCGGAUGGAGAUGCAUUAAACGCUCUUUUUGACUGCAUGCAAAUAAUCUACUGCUUCUGUGUUGGAGGCCAUAGGCAAGAAAAUACCUCUGCAAAGUCUUCGGAGGUUGCAGAGUCUUUAAAUAAAGAUUCUCAACAAUUUGUUCAUCCCAAACUUGAGCAAUCUGAAGAAUCAAAAUCGAUUCCUAAAACUGAGUCUGAAGAUCUUUUACAAGUGGAAGCUCCAGCAAGACACCAACUAAAUGGGAGACACUCUGAGGCUGAUGAUGAACCUGAAGAAUCCAGUCUGAAAUAUAGAACCAGAAAAGACGUAGUCCACAAAGCUGCUUUCAGAAGGAUGAAGAAGUAUUUCAUUGAAGAUUUCCAAAUGGUUACUCAGCAUUGUUCUGAGCAGACAAGUUAUUUAACUAAACUUCAAGAGUACUGCUCUCUCAGGUUCCAAGAGAGCAACACGUCCCAAGCAUGAAUGAUGCUUGACUACAUCAUCAAUCCCAAGAACAAGCUCGGAGUCAUCCCUCACGAAGACAGACACCUCAAAAGGUUGGUUGGCAAACUUGUUAGUUGCUGUAGCCUGAAGCUGCUCAGACAGAUUGAGACUCAGCCUGAGUUCUUGGAGAUCCUACUGCACUUCUUGGUCACUGAAGGAGUCAGCAGGAUGAUCUUUGAAGACCACAGAGUGUGCUUUCAAAGCAGAGUGCAAAUCCAUCUGCAGCAACUGAAGGAGAGAGUCUUACUGCUAAGAAGUUCGUUGUCUCAAUAAUCAUAAUUUCGAUAAAAUUCCUCUAAACUUUCUUCAUUGGGAUAGGUCUUUCGGAUUUUUAGACAUCAGUUUGCUUUAGUCUUCUCCGUUACAAUAAUAAUGAAGGAAGAGAUAUAUUAACCUAAAUACUGAAGGGAAUUUUCUUGCUUACAGCUGUCGUUGCUAUAUCCUUAUUUUGUCAUUUUUCUUACAUCUCUUCCCUGAUCCUAGAUUAGGAUUUGAAAAUUAAUAUAUUUCAAAAUCUUUAAAUAAUUUAUUUAAUAUUCCAAGAAUAAAGGUGGAGCAACAAAUUAACUCUCUAUUAAACAGAGAUGUAAGGCCUAUUGAGUUCUAUGUUUACAAUACAUAAUAUCAACAAUUUGAUGCAUACUUGUUAGUCUGCCUUUUGACAGUCUAGUUUGCUAUUUAGCCAUAAAUGCAUGGGAGUCAACAGAAAGUAAAUAAGUCAGAAAUAGCUAUUCACCACAUUAUGUUCCAAAAAUGUGUGAGAGCGCAGACUAGCUUUCAAAUAUAAUUAAUGUUCUUUAUUUCAGCAUUGAGACCCUUAAAUUUUGUGAUCUUCUUAUUUUUGAGAAGGCUGGACAUUUUAAUAGAUUAUUUACUCAUAAACUUCGAAUAAUUCAGAUCUUGAUUACUCAACCAUUAAAUAUUGUGAGACGCUGUAUUAAAAUGUGGCCUGAGCAUAUUGACAUAGUUUCAAAGACUGAUAGACGAUUUCUUAGAUGACCAAUACUUCUAUCUGAUUUAUUUCUCUCCAUCACUUGGGCUCUUUUCCUCCAGACUUUGGAAUCUAGCAAGUAAAAAUCAAAUUGGUCGGACUUCAAUUAUCUUCCAAUAAAAUUCAGAAUAAAGUAGGAAGGUAUCUCAAAGUGAUUUCCUUUUGAGACUCUUAGAAAUCAUCGCUGUUUUCCAAUUUCCACUGAAGAGUAUUUAUACUUUCCCACAUUAGGGCAACUUGUUGUCACUGUUCCGCUUAUCAAAAGCAGGCUGGACUUUGGUCAGAAGAUUUACACACUCUUUGUUAGACAGUGGGGAUCAAGUGUAAGUGUGCAGGCAUGAAGACAAUUAACACUAUAUAUGCAAUGCAGCUUUUUGAGUAUUAUCAACAUAUCUCCAGACAAACUAGCAAGUAAUCUGAUAUUUCGGAGACUUCUUUUAAGAGUCUCAAUGGUUUAGCAAAAUUAUUCCAAAUGUCAGCAAGGCAGAAGCCUCUUCUUUUGAAUAAUUCAUCUUUAGAAUACCUAAGUGGUAUCACUAAACUAGCAUUACCUUAUCAGCUAGUAGGAAGGAUCUCUCAUAUCAAAGGGACGUUUGGGAAUAAUCAAUAUUUCAACUUUUUCAGUUUGCUACACUCUCAACUCGAAUUUAAAUUUGAAGAGUUAGGUUGACUGUCUUCACUUAUUAGAGGGGUCCAUAUAUAAAGCCUUUGGUUCCAAACAUUACAGGAAGACUUGAAGCAGCCUGGAUAUGAAUAGACUCAUCGUGGCUAACGAUAUGCUUGCAGAGUCUGUUCUUUGAGCUAGCUUAAAAUUGUCAAAGAUUUACCAUGGGGUAGGAGUUUAAACCGAGUAGAUUAUCCUUCUUCAUUCUUUAUAAUCAGUUAAUAACAAGGUGUUAUACUAACCCCUAAUCUUUAUCAGAGACAGCUGGAUGGAUUCACUGAGGGAGUAGCAACGCUUUGAACAUAUCUAGGAAGAUAAUUUAGCUAAGACUUCUUCUCAAAAUUGUCAAAAAUAUUGCUUCAAAGAUUUGUGAGGAAAAAUUAAAGCUUUGAAGAUUUUAAAGACUUCCCGAUUCGACAACAGGGCAUCUCAAAUAAAAUUAGAAGUAAGCCUAAUCUCACCAACCACUGGCUGCUCUUAUCUAAGCCUGCAUGAUAAAAGAUGCUUGAGAUCAUAAGCCCUUGAAGAAAAUAAGAAUACUAAGCUAAGAAAAAGAAAGCAUUGAAAUUUGGUGAAUAAUCAAAGUUCACAUUGAAAAUAUGACAAACAUUUCAUCAAAAAGCUGCAGAUUUAUCUGGGCCAUAAGUGCGAUAGAAGCUUGAGGUGAUUAUUGCUUCCUCACAUUAUAUAAUAUAUUGAACUUUAAAGAAUCCAUCAUUGCCGAAGAUAUGACAAUGCAAGAUCUCUAAACUAAGCAAUAGUCUUAUUAAAGCAACUAGAAAUUUACAGAUGAGCUUAGUUCAAUUCUACUAGGUUUUAUGGCAGUCCUGAUGGGCUGCCUAUUUUAAAUUUUAUGAAUGCUAAUCUACCAUUUAUGUU